UAAAAAAAUAUUUCUUGGCUUCAUGAUGUAGACAUUAACUUCAGCUUUCAUAUUUAUGCAUAAAGCAAAUAUUUUUUGGACGUGUAAUAUAUGAACUACAGCACUUUUCCUGAGGCAAGUUUUUUCGGAUUUUUUUUUCUUUCAUGCUGAAUAACGAGAAAACGAUAAGCUUUAGCUGUAUAUAAUGUUCUAAACAUAUUUUACUGACAUUACAAGGUUUCUAUUGAUAUACACUGAACCCAAAUUCACUCUUAAAAUACACAUGAUUUUUCACUUAAAAACAAGGAUCCAGUGAUUUUCUUCCAUUCAAGUGCGACAUAUACAUUUCACUUGGCAGUCACUUAAAUUCCAAGUGAAUUCAUCCACACUCACUUCAGUCGUCACUUGAAUUUGAAGUGAGAAAAAAUAUUCACACCCCCUUCACUUGAAUUUCAAGUGAAUGUCAGGUUGUAAUUGUGUUUAUUUUCAGAGUUCAAAAUGGCAAAUUCUAAAGAGCAGCGUUUAAAGCUUAUGCUAGAUUUGGAUUUUCCCAAUUCUUUAAUAGGCGAUUUUGGCGGUAGUUUGUGUUAAACGUGAUGCAAGAAAAAGUUAUUUAAAGGUGUUAUCAUGUUUCAGCUUGUGGGUUGGACUGGACAGAUUUUCUGGUUUGCAGCAGGGAGGAUUUAGAAGUCGCACUAUCCGCGGUAACCGAUCUGCCUUGGGAUUACGAUGGAAUUUUCCAAUCAAUAAAUUUAUGGCGAAAGCGUAAUGUAAGUAUUUGAAAUCGAAGUGGUGUUCUAUAAAUGUUCUUUUAUUUAAAAACGCGAGAGAUAAAGCUUUGUUUAUAUGUCUAGAAAAACGUUAUACGUGAACUUUUCGAAGGGGGACAACUAUCGGACCCGGAAACGAACCAACCGGUGGGGAAAAAAGUUCGUUUGAUUGAUAACGGAAUUCAGGAGUGUGUAGAAAAUCCCGCAAGUCCUUUUGAACAACAAGAAUUGUUUGUUGUUUACGAAGAAUCUAUCGUUGCUUCAACAUCCGGUACUUCGUCGGCCAAUCCUCCAGCAGAAUCAGCCAGUGAAACAGAAAAAUUGGAAAUAUUUUCUCCAAUUGUUUUGGAGAGAAUAUUGAAAAAAACAGAAGGUGGAAAAAAGAUCAUAGCUGAUUCUAAAGUUGGACCAUUAUCGAGCCACAACCAAAAAGAACUGUGUAACAUCAUUUGUGCCUAUCAUCGUGAAACAAAAAGCGGCAUAUUGAGUGCGAAUCUGCAGCUCUACGAUCUGGUCAUACGAUCACUGUUACCAUUCGAGAAACCGAACAUAUAUUACAUCCCAGCCGCUGGGAAUAGAAGAAACCCUGGUGGAAAAAUUGCUAACAAGUUAGUUAAUUUGAAAACCAAACACAGGAGACAAGUUGCACUCGAACAGGACUACCAAAAACAGUUGGGAAAUGGUAUUGUGGUCCCUGAAAUUGAUGGUCUAACCAAAGCUUCCCAUGAAUGGUUGCUGCUAAACCGCGAUCCUUGGCAAACAGUUUUGCAACAGUGGGAGAUUUGUUUCGAGUUACGGAAACCUCUGAUGAAAUCAUGUUCCAAUAUUGUGAAACUGCUUUCAACAUACCCACAUUAUAAGUUGGAACAUGGAUAUCAACUGGUAAACUACUGGGAUUUUAAAACUUCAAUACAUUUAAAGUUUCUUUUUUAUUUUUGGCAGAUCGAUAUCGAUUUUCGCAUCCUGUUUGGAAAUCGUUCUAACGGAAAACGUUUGAAAGAGGUGAUUCCUAAUAUCACUGGAUAUCUGUCGAAAAAAGCCCGAGAUCCAUCUGCAGUUGACAUAAUCCAAUUUUUACAGGAUACUUCAGCGCCUGAAGAUCCUAAGCUUUGUGCGUUGAUCCUUGGUCUGGCAACCGUAUUGCCCCCAAUCGCUGUGACAUCUAAUUUUAAACCGACCAUUCUGAAGGCGCAGGAGGAUAUCGUGCUAUGGGUAGAAUGUGAAGACCAGAUAGGAACAUUAAUAGAAAACAUUUACGCAACGUACGCCCAGUACAAUAUACCCAUCGUGCCAAAAUUGGCGGUUGUCGGCAACGGAUACAAGGAAAUAACUGGUCCAUUUUAUGUAUUUUACAAGGAUUUUUACUAUAAGCUAGCUUCUGUAGAAAGGGCAUUAGACGUUUUGAUAAAGCUAACUGCAGUAUUUGGAUUACCUCAUUCAAAAAUUUCGAGGCUUGUUUGGCAAUUUAUAUCCUCUGAAAUCUAUCAGUUGGAACACAAGGAAUCAUACACCAGCAUCUUAAAACUCCAGCAGUAUUUGAGGCAAAAUGAAUUGCAUGAUUGCUGAAUGUUCAGAAAGUUUCUCUUCUGCUCUCGAAUAUUUCGUCCACUUAGAGGAAGUUCAUAGAAUUCCAAAAUAUGAUUUUCGUUAUGAAUGUACUUUCCAAAACUGUCCUCAGAUAUUCAAUCAAUGGCAGCGGUUCAAGAAACAUGUAGUAAACCAUAAGUUUCUAGCGCAACAACCAUCUGAUCACAAUCAAAACAAUGAUUUAAAUGAACAAUCAGAGUGCCAGAACUCGAAAAGAAGAAGACUAGAUACUCAUUUAAUUGAGAAUGCAGGUCUAUCCAAUCAGCAGGAAGAUUCUGCAACUAAUAAUACGAUUCAAAGUACACAUAAAGACGAACUGACCUUUUCUUUUGAAGACCCUGAACAGACGGAGAUAGCUUCAGUUAAUUUUACAUUAAGUAUGCAUAUGCGGCACAACAUAACAAGAAAGGAUGUUUACUUCAUCCAAAGCGAAGUCAAUAAGAUAACUUCAAAAUUGGCGUGCGCAAUUGAGGACUUGACCUUAGACGUUACAGAUGCAGAAGUUAGUUUCAAGUUAAAAAAACACCUUUGUACUAUGAAAAACUUGUUCAAAAGCUUCAACACAGAUCAUAAGUUGUUCAAAUAUUUGGAGAACUUAAAUUGCUUUGCAUUGCCUUCUAUCAUCACUACAACACAAGAUCAAAUUGUUUCAAUGCCAAUCGAUGCAUCGAUAGAUUUCGAAUUUGAACCAAAACAAAAUUUUCUUCUAUUGAUGCCAUUAGAAUUUCAAAUCAAAGCAUUUUUCAACUCUCCAAAUAUUCUGCAAGCCACUCUUGAUAAUACUUCAAAGCUUAAACAGUCAUUAGAUAUUAAGAACUUUGUCAAUGGAAGUUUAUGGCGUUCAAUUGAAAAUAAAUAUCAAAAUGAUAUCAUUUUACCAGUCUGGCUGUAUAGCGAUGAGUUCGAAAUAAACGAUAGCCUAAGCUCUCACUCAUCAAGGCAUAGUGUUUGUGGUAUCUACUACAACUUCCCAACGAUUCCAGAACAUUAUAAAGCUAAAUUAAGCAAUAUUUUAGUGGCCGGCAUGCUAAAAAAACAAGACAUCAAAAAUGUUGGUAUAAACAGGCUGAUUAAUGAAAUGAUUAGCAAAUUUAAAGAAAUUGAAACUAAAGGAAUUUUGUUUGAUGUAAAUGGACAAACCAUCAAGAUAAGAUUUGUGCUAUCUUUGCUACAAGGAGAUAAUCUUGGAAUCCACACUAUGCUCAUGUUGGCUGGUGGAUUCAAUGCGAGAUUCUAUUGUCGAUUUUGCAAAAGACCAAAAGAAUUGUUAAAAAAUGAUACACACGAAUUUUCUGAUUACAUGAGGAACAAAACUAAUUACAAUGAAGAUUUGCUCAUCGCCAAUCAAAGUGAAACAGGGAUAUCGGGGAACUCCGUCUUUAAUGACCUUCCGUCCUUUCAUGUGGUAGAAAAUAAGAGCGUUGAUCCUAUGCAUGAUCUAUUUUCUCAAGGUAUUUGUAAAUUUGGACUGACAGAAGUUUUAAAUUAUUGUAUUUUUAAGAAGGGUUACAUCAACUUAAAACAAUUGAAUUUGCAAAGGCAGAUAAUAGCUAAAACUUGUAUUGACGAGGAACUGAAGCGUAUGCCAGAUAUCGGAGAAAUAUAUCUUCCUAAACAAAAACACAAAUCUGUGACAUUCAAAAUGACUUCUAGUGAGAUGCGCUGUUUUGUCCACUAUUUCACACUAUUGAUAGGAGAAUUUGUUCCAUACGAAGAUAUGGUUUGGAAGUACUGUUUGUGUUUAAUAAACUUGAUAGAUUUAUGCCUGAAAAGAUCUUUUUCAAACUCUGAUAUAACAAGGCUUAAAAAUGAAAUUGAUGCACAUCAUCGAAUGUUUGUUGAGCUUUUUGAAAAAGAUUUAAAACCCAAACAUCAUGUUAUAACACACUAUCCAACAAUUAUAGAAACAUCUGGUCCUGUUGCGAACAUGAUGUGCUUUAGAAAUGAAGCGAAACAUCGAGGCUUCAAACAGUAUGCACACGUUACCUCGUCCCGCAAAAAUAUAUGCUACACUUUAUGCAUCAAAGCUAGCUUGCAAUUUUGCUAUGAUCUUCUCAAUCAAAAUUUUUUUACAAAAGAAAUUGUGGGAGACUUUGAAUCAUGUGAUAUGAAAUGUAGACACUAUUUCGAUAAAAUUGUACAACCAAUUCAAACCAAUAUUAAAUUUGAAAAUGUCAAUUGUAGCAGUUCAGUUGAGUUCAAGGGAACAUUAUACAAAAGAGGUAGCUUUUUGGUUAAAUUAGAAAAUUCUAUUAUGAACUUAUACGAAAUUGUAGAAAUGGUUUUGAAUGGAGAGGAACUUUAUGUUGUUUGCGAUUUCUGGGAAGUGGGAAUAUACAACAAUCACUUCUUGGCAUAUGAAGCCAAAAGAAGUACAUCGCAAUUAUUUAUUUUUGAAAUCAAUUUCUUCGACGGCCCACCAUUAAAGUUAAAUUUCAUUUCCGGUAGAUUUAUGUUUAGAGUGAAAAAUAGUUUUAAUAAUUGUUAUUAGAAUUAAGAAAGCAUUUUGAAUUAAAAUUAAGUUUGUAUUG